AGGGGGUAAUUCGCGUGUCAACGUGGAUGCGUGCCUAGACUCGAGAGGCCUCCUAAAACCAUUUCGGAAAUUUCCUACAACGUCCAAUCUCCAAUAACAUGGCGAUACACGUGAAAAAGUUAGGUUGGCUCGCAAUUUUUGUUGUUAUUUGUUUUACGCUCUUCUGGGGUCGGACAUUCUAUACAACGACGAGGCUCUCGGACCAAUUGUGCUCAAUCCUGAGGACGUGCAAGGCCGAUACUUCAAAGUCCUUCUCAGUCGAAGAUACCCCUAUUACGCUUGAGGGCUAUGGAAAUUUCACUGGAAGACCGGUAAAAACCACACUGAGCGGUGCUGCGUUCUCACACCCAGUUGAUGCUUGGCUCGGUAUUGAUUAUGCAACUCAACCCGUGGGCGAAGGUCGUUUUAAGCCCAUCGACUGGCCAGCUCCAUUUGACGGCGUGAAAGCAGCCACGACAUACGGGAAGGGGUGUAUUCAGGAUCCCAAAUACGUGAGCCUAGAAGCUCAGGGGGAGGCUUGUCUCAAUUUCAAUGUGUACCGGACGCAGGAUGUUCCACUAAGUAAAAAGCUUCCAGUUUUCGUCUAUAUUCAUGGAGGCAGUUUCAACUUCGGCAGUAGUAAGAGUCUAGAUGGGGCCGCAUUCGUCGCAUCAUCCAAGGCGCCAAUAGUCGUGGUGAGUUUUCACUACCGCCUCAACUCGCUUGGCUUCUUGCCCUCGGUAAUGUUCAGUAAAGAAGGCCUCCUCAACCUUGGUUUGCGAGAUCAGUACUUCUUUUUGAAGCAUUUCAUGCAAAAACAUAUCAGCUCCUUCGGCGGUAACCCAGAAGAUAUCACCCUUGGUGGUCGUUCUGCGGGCGCUCAUUCUGUGGGGAUUCACCAUUUUCACAAUUAUGGCGAGGAUGCUGGAAAGCCUUAUUUUGCUAGAGUUAUCCUUCAAUCCGGAUCCGUUACCGCACGGUCGUUUCCGAAUGCUAGCUACCCUCUCUCCGUCCGUCAAUUUGAGGAGUUUAUGACACACCUCCAUUGUCCUAUCAAUGACAAUGUAGCAGCUCUAGCCUGUUUACGUUCUGCCAAACUAGCUGACAUCAGGAAAAUUAGCAUAAAAUUAUACGACGAUUCUCAGUACAAUAAUACAUGGCCAUUCCAACCAACACAAGGAGGUCCAAUGCUAGAAAAGUUUGGUUCGCAGUCCGGUCUUGAUGGUACUUUCUUCCACGUACCGACACUUACGACUAGUGUCACGGACGAGGGAAGAUUCACUGUACCAGGUGAUAUGCAAACAAACGACGAAUUUUUGAAUUAUAUGCAUAUCACUGCCCCACUUCUAACUACCGACGAGCUUCAGUCGCUGGUAAGUCUGUACCCAGAUCCUGUGGUAGAUGCUGCGUCUCCCUUCAAAGAUUCUCCGAGAGGGGUACAAUACGCUCGUUUAUCUGCGGCUUGGAGUGAUUAUGGAUAUAUCUGCCCGGGACAGGAGACCGCAUAUAGGGUAUCCACCGCCGGCGUACCCACUUGGAAAGCUCGUUUCAACACCAACAACAGCUUCCCGGCUUGGCGCGGGAUUCCGCACGCGGCCGACGGGAGGUACACUUGGCCUGAACCCAAAGUGCAGCACCCAGAAAUCGGUCAUGUGCACCAUGGCUACCUAUCCAGCUUCGUCGCAACUGGCGAUCCGAAUACGCAUAGGUACCCAGGUUCUCCUGAGUGGCCCAAGUAUGAGCCCGAGGGAUAUGGGCUCGAUUCUAAACCAGCACUCCAGCUUGUUAUACAGCCCCAAGAUACUAAAGUCGAACCGGACGAUAUCCGACGCGAAGCCUGCCUAUUUUGGAGAGAUCCUAAGAGAGCGUCCCGACUGAACAAGUGAUUCGAAACGUGUUCCUUCAAUUAUUAUAUUAAUACAUGCCAUUUUCUACCUGCAAAGCUUUAUGUAGUUCGUUGUCUACAUAUAGGCUAUGAACUAUUGGCCUACUCCGGCACGUGAUCUGAAGCUGCGGAGAAGCGAAAUAGCUUGGAAACGUUGCGAUAUAUGGUUAAAAUGGCGUGAUUUAGACUUGUACCGUAUUGGUACCUAUCCUUUCAACGGGAAUUUCUUGAACCAGGUCUGUUUUAUUGGAUUUAAAAUCUUAUAGUAGGUCGUUUAUACUAGAAACUGAUAUUCCGAGUUGUUAAUAUCCCAUCACAUCAAUUGCAGACA